AACCCCUCCGAACCUCUGUUUCUCUUCAACAGUGAGAAGCCUGACCUAGAAGAUCUCCAGAGGCCCUCUGAACUCUUAGAUAUUGGGCUCUUUUGAUAGACUUGAGGCAGGAGGGGGUCAGGAUCAGGGAGGGAAUUAGACCUCCUCACCUUCCCGGGGAUGGGGCUGAGUCAGGUGAUAUCACAAUGGGCAGUGCCCAUCCUGGAGGGGACAUCAGUGUGGGGUGGGAGCAGGAAGGCUGUUGGGGAAGGAAGCUGAGAGAUCCUCUGCAGGAGGGGAUUACAGCAGCUAGGGGCACCUGCCAGGCUGGAGGUGUGGGUUAUCUAGGGGAAGGGUGGUCACUGAUGUCCAGCAGGAGCCCUUGACAGGUAGAGCCCAUCACAGCAUCUCCAAGACCACACCAUGUUCCUGUUCUCCCGUAAGACCAAGACCCCUAUCAGUACCUACAGUGACUCCUACAGGGCUCCCACCUCCAUCAAGGAGGUCUAUAAGGACCCACCUCUGUGUGCCUGGGAAGCCAACAAGUUUCUGACUCCGGGUCUGACUCAUACCAUGGAGCAACAUGUGGAUCCCGAAGCCUUGCAGAAGAUGGCCAAAUGUGCUGUACAGGACUACACUUACAGGGGGUCCAUAUCAGGCCACCCCUACUUGCCUGAGAAGUACUGGCUUUCUCAAGAGGAAGCAGACAAAUGCAGCCCAAACUACCUGGGCAGUGACCGGUACAACACAUGGAGGAUGGAACCUUACAACAGCAGCUGCUGUAACAAGUAUACCACCUACCUUCCUCGGCUGCCUAAGGAGGCCGGGAUGGAGACAGCAGUUCGAGGAAUGCCCUUGGAAUGCCCUCCUAAGCCGGAGCGGCUCAAUGCCUACGAGCGCGAAGUGAUGGUGAACAUGCUGAACUCACUGUCGCGGAACCAGCAGCUGCCGCGGAUCACGCCCCGAUGCGGGUGCGUGGACCCACUGCCCGGCCGCUUGCCCUUCCACGGUUACGAAAGUGCUUGCUCAGGCCGCCACUACUGUCUGCGUGGGAUGGACUACUACGCCAGCGGGGCGCCCUGCACCGACCGCCGCCUGCGGCCUUGGUGCCGGGAGCUACCGACUGUAAGUUGUGUACCUCCCUACGAGCACCGGCCCGGAAUGCAGUGUGCUGUUACAACUCCCCCGCCGUCAUACUACCCAUAUCCGAACCUUAGAUGGGACACAAGUCACUUCAAGAAGUCUGGUGGUCCCCAGAGAAACAACUAUGUUAUCCAUCCUGAGUUUGUGUCUGAGACCUAUCCUGACUAUCGUUGCUGGUAGAGCCUGGGCUUGCUGGGCCACGGGGACAGAGCAAUAAAUAAACUCUUCACCCCCAAAGCCUGCCUCCUGUUCCUUACCCAGCAGAAUCUGGAAGUGAAGGGCCUGUCACUCGGGCCUCUACCAAACCCCUUCAACUGAGAUGCAA